GACAGGUCCAGCCCAUCCAGCCUGACAGAGCAGAACUGAUACUCCAAGGAGGAGACAUCUUUCCCUGGACUUCCUCAGGUGGAAGCGUCUUUAGCAGCAGUGUAUGGUAACUUUGAUGUGGUUUUGAGUUCCAUGGUUUCUUGAAUUUUGAUAUAAAUUCCAUGAUAUGUGGAUGUAAAUAUAGCCACGAAAUGAUGAGCAGAGACAACAAGAGUAGAAGUUUUUCGGAAAGCCUGCUCCUAGAUGACUCAGAGAAAGGAGUCAUCAUUACAGGAAUCACAGACGACAAAAUUGCUGCAAAGAGUGGCUUGCAAGCAGGGGAUGAGAUUGUUGCAGCCACUAUACACCUAGACCACCUCAACAAAAAUGAAGUGCUAAACAUCCUGAGGGUCUUGGAGCCGUAUGACAACAACAUGAAGGUUCUGACAAAGAAGGAAGCUGGGUGCCAGAGCAGGCCUUGACUCCUUGGGAUUACGUCUCAAAGACUCUGCAGAGAUGCCUGACCUAAAGAAGGAUCUGUCACUAAAUGCAUCUGCUGAGGCACCAAAUGUUUCCCUUGAUGACCUGAGUGGAAAGCUAAAUGCUACACAGGGAUUGGGGGGUGGAAUAAGUGGUCCCACUCUUAAUGGAGACCUUCCUAGUCUCAGUAUAAAUAAGCCUUCAGCUAAUGCUGGUGUCACAAUGCCUUCCCUGGGACUGACUGGACCAGAUAUAAAUGGAGAUCUAGAUGGCACCCUCAAAGCACCUGAUGUCAGUGUCUCGACUCCCCAGCUCAACACUCCCAGUGCCUCACUGGACAUCAAGAAACCGGAAAUCAAGACAGACACCAUAAAAUACAAGGUUCCAAAAUUCACAAUGCCAGACUUCGGUCUACCUGAGGUCAAAACACCAAAAUCAAAUGUUUCUGGAGAUGUAGCUCUCCCUGUCAGUGGAAGUCUAGAGACACCAGACCUUAACCUGUCAACCCCCAACUUAGACCUUAAAAGUCCAGAUUUAGACCUGAGUGGGCCAAAAGUGGAUCUGAAUGGUCCUGAUGUAAAAUUAGAAGCCCCAAAUGCUGACAUUGAGCCAGUCUCAGGUAAAAUCAAGUGGCCCCAUCUAAAAUGGAAAAGUCCCAAAGUUAAAGGCCCCGAUGCCAACUUAAAUGCUGACUUGUCUGCACCUGAUGUCAACCUCUCUACACCAAAGAUCGAUGGGGAUCUGGGCACACCAGAUGUUGACAUUAACUUGCCCAAAGCUGAAAUCAAAGGCCCAGAUGUAAAUGCUCAAACCCCAGAUCUUGAUAUUGAUGCUCCAUCUGGUAAAAUCAACUGGCCUCAUUUAAAGUGGAAGAAACCAAAUCUACAUGGCCCAAAAGCUGAUCUGGACUUAGAUGCAAACCUGAACACGCAAGAUGUUGAUCUGUCCCUUCCAAAAGUGGAGGGUGGGAUAAGUUCCCCAGAUGUUGACAUUAAUCUGCCAAAGGCAGACCUUGAAAGCCCUAAUCUGCAUAUGAAAACCCCAGAUAUUGAUGCAGAAGCUCCAUCUGGUAAAAUCAACUGGCCUCAUCUUAAAUGGAAGAAGCCCAGACUUCAGGGCCCAAAAGCAGACUUAGACAUAGACACUGACCUAAACACACCUGAUCUAAACCUCUCAAGUCCAAAGAUUGAAGGUGACAUUGAUGCACCCAGUGCUGAGCUGAGUCUUCCAAAAGCUGACCUUAAAGGCCCUGAUGUAGAUGUUCAGGGUCCAGAUCUUGACAUUGAUGCUCCAUCAGGGAAAAUUAACUGGCCCCACCUUAAGUGGAAAAAACCCAAACUUCAUGGCCCCAAAGCUGAUAUGGAUCUUAAUGCAGAUCUGAGCACACCAGAUGUUGAUCUCUCAGUUCCAAAAACUGAUUGUGAGAUCAAUACACCUGAUGUUGACCUGAAUUUACCCAAAGCUGAUGUUGAUGUUAAAGCACCAAAUGCAGACAUUGAAGCUCCAUCUGGAAAGUUCAAAUGGCCCACUCUUAAAAAGUUUAAAUGGUCAGCCCCAGAUGCUAAGGUUAAUGGUCCAGAUGUGGAUCUAGAUUCUGUUGCUGUCCCUGACUUGAAUCUUUCAGGUCCAAAGCUUGAUGGUGAGAUAAAUGCACCAGAUGUAAAUCUAGACGUACCAAAAGCUGACCUGGAAAGCCCCAAGUUAGAAGUUGAUGGACCAGAUGUUGAAGGCCCAUCUGGGAAAUUCAAAUGGUUCACAUUAAAGAAAUCCAAAUUUGGCACACUGAAGGGUCCAAAGGCUGACAUUAAUGCUGAUGUGAAGGUACCAGAUGUGGACCUCAAGGGGCCUGAUGUGGAUUUGAGUGUACCAAACAUUGAGGGUGGAAUAGAUGCUCCAGACCUAAGUGUCAGCAUGCCUAAUGCUGAUGUCAGAGGUCCAAAUGUGGAUCUUAAUGGUCCAGAUCUUGAACUUGACUCACCUGAUGGAAAAUGGAAGUUACCUAAAAUCAAACUACCUAAAUUCAAAGGGACAAAAGUUAAGGGUCCUGAAUUGGAUGCUGAUUUAAAAGCACCAGACAUUGAUCCCAGUCUUGACUUACCGAAAGUUGAUGUGGAUGCACCAAAUGUAGACAUAAAUGCACCAGAUCUCUCCUUGUCUGCACCAAACAUUGAAGGCAGUCUUGAUACACCAGAUCUUGGCAUUAAUUUACCAAAAACUGAUCUCAAAGGCCCUGAUGUAGACCUUGAUGCUCCAGAGGUUGAUGCCUCAGCAGGAAAAUUCAAGCUCCCCAAAAUAAAACUUCCAAAGUUUGGCUUAUCUGGGCCAAGGGUAAAAGGACCUAGCCUUGACGCUGAUGCUGACCUCAGGAGUCCAGAUCUGGAUCUAUCCCUUCCUGAUGUAGAUGCAAAGCUACCUAAAGCAGAUCUAACAGCCCCUGAUGUUAAUCUAAAAGCACCAGACUUGAAUCUUUCAGCCCCCAAAAUUGAAGGUGACCUUGAUGCUCCAGAUUUGAGCCUGCCCAAAGCAGACCUGAAAGGACCAGACCUUAAAACAGCAGACAUUGACAUUGAUGCUCCUUCUGGAAAAUUAAAGAUGCCCACAUUCAAAAUGCCAAAAUUUAACUUUGGAGGACCAAAGGCUCAGGUACCAGAUGCAGAGCUUAAGACUCCAGAAGUCUCUGUUCCUGAUGUAGAUCUUAAAUCAGCAAUGGCUGAUCUGGAUACUGAUCUUAAGACAGAUAUUGACCUUUCACUCCCCAAAACUAAUGUUGAUUUACCAGACUUCAAUCUUUCUGCCCCAAAGAUUAACGGCCCAGAAGGGGACCUUACUUUGCCCAAGGCUGAUGUAAAGGGACCACAUCUGGAUCUACCAAAAGCAGAUCUCAGCCUAUCUUCACCAAAAAUUGAUGGAAACCUCUCAACACCAAACAUAGACACCACAUUGCCAAAAGUUGAACUGGAAGCACCUGAUGUCACACAGAAAGCUCCAAAUGUAGAUAUCAACCUGCCCAAAGCAGACAUCAAAGGACCCGAUGCACAGUUGAAAACACCAGAUCUAGGUCUUGAUUCUCAUGUGGGUGACUUUAAAUUGCCUCAUUUCAAGUUUCCAAAACUUGGUCUUUCAAGUCCUGAAGUAGAUGUUCCCAGUGUUCAUCCUUCAGUUGAGGCUGGAAUUGAGGCACCCAAAGUCAACCUAGACACGACUACAGCAGAUACUAACAUCUCUGUCCCUGCAAUAGACCUAAAUGCGGCAAAUUUAGAGGGAGAUAUCAAAGGACCUGAUGUAGAUGUGAAAGCUCCAAGUAUAGAUGCUAAUCUUGAAAAAUCCAAAAUGCCACAUUUCAAGUUUCCAAAAUUUGGAUUUUCGGGGUCUAAAAUAAAAUCUCCAGAAGUUAAUGCCAGUGCAGAUCUUGAUGUCUCACCUGAUGUGAAGGUCAAAGCUCCCAGUGUUGAAGGAGGGAUUAGUUCACCUGAUGUCAGCGUCUCUGCUCCUGAAGUGAAGACAAACCUUAACACACCUGAACUGGAUUUCACAGGUGAGGCAGAUGCUGAAGUUAAAGGCUCUCCAAAAAGUAAGCUGAGAUGGCCCUUCAAAUGGGGAUUAAAGUCUGGUUCAGGUGCUGAUGAAGAGGGAAGUGGUAAUGACUCUGAAACUGAUGUGCCAAAUGCUGAUAUGGAGGUUCCUGUAUUCAAAUUCCACAGACUGCCCAGAAAUAGCAUUGAUGGCUGUGGAGGAAUUGGUGAUACCUUGGGCUUAUCCAAACCUGACACAGAAGAAAAGGAUUAUGUCGUCAGCAAGGGGAUCCGCUUGCCAAUAGUAAAUGCAACAUCAAAAGCAGGAGAAAAAAUUGACAUUAUGGAGAGACUGAAAAUGGCAAAGGAAAAAGCACCCUCAGCUAAUGCCUCACCGACCGAAGCGAAAAGUAUUGAUCUGAAGCUUGCUGCCCCAAGUCUUGAUGUCAGUGCCUCUGCAGAAGCAGAAGAUUCCUCUUUGGUGAGAGGAGGUACCUUUAAAGUAGAGAAGCCAGAGUCUGUGCUGGGAUUGUCAGCCCCUGAAAUUUCGACAUUGGAUGAAAAUGACAAAUUGUCAUUGAGCCUCUCCAAUAUGCUUGUCCUUAAUGUCAAGGAUUCAGAUGCUGACUGAUUCUUACAUAAAGCUUCAGUUAAGAAACAUUGUAAAUACAUACAAAAGAGAAGUUAAUUGUUUAAUUUACUCCUGCUACAGUUUUAUACAAAUAAUGCCGGCUGCAGUAUCCUCCAUCCUUCCUUCUAACUCUGGGUUGCCAAUUGAAGGAACUUGUUUUUAUAAACUGUGUGUAUAUUCCUGUUAUUUAUAUGAGCUUUUUUCUAAACAUUAUUAAUUAGGAAGUAUGUUACUUAUUAUUAUUAAAUAACUGCCUCAGUAUUGCAUGCGAUCACAUUUUUUUCUGAGAAUUGUAUUACUUUAUCUAAAAAAUCUUAAGAUAAGUCAAUGUCAGUAUGAGUGAAUGUAACUGUUUAACUGUUUUUGUUCAAUAAAUAACUCAGUAUAUUCAG